AUGAAAAAGAAAAUGCACAAAAAAGUUGAAAAAGUUGAAAAAGUUGAAAAAGUUGAAAAAGUUGAAAAAGUUGAAAAAGUUGAAAAAGUUGAAAAAGUUGAAAAAGUUGAAAAAGUUGAAAAAGUUGAAAAAGUUGAAAAAGUUGAAAAAGUUGAAAAAGUUGAAAAAGUUGAAAAAGUUGAAAAAGUUGAAAAAGUUGAAAAAGUUGAAAAAGUUGAAAAAGUUGAAAAAGUUGAAAAAGUUGAAAAAGUUGAAAAAGUUGAAAAAGUUGAAAAAGUUGAAAAAGUUGAAAAAGUUGAAAAAGUUGAAAAAGUUGAAAAAGUUGAAAAAGUUGAAAAAGUUGAAAAAGUUGAAAAAGUUGAAAAAGUUGAAAAAGUUGAAAAAGUUGAAAAAGUUGAAAAAGUUGAAAAAGUUGAAAAAGUUGAAAAAGUUGAAAAAGUUGAAAAAGUUGAAAAAGUUGAAAAAGUUGAAAAAGUUGAAAAAGUUGAAAAAGUUGAAAAAGUUGAAAAAGUUGAAAAAGUUGAAAAAGUUGAAAAAGUUGAAAAAGUUGAAAAAGUUGAAAACGUUGAAAAAGUUGAAAAGUUGAAAAAGUUGAAAAAGUUGAAAAAGUUGAAAAAGUUGAAAAAGUUGAAAAAGUUGAAAAAGUUGAAAAAGUUGAAAAAGUUGAAAAAGUUGAAAAAGUUGAAAAAGUUGAAAAAGUUGAAAAAGUUGAAAAAGUUGAAAAAGUUGAAAAUUGAAAAAGUUGAAAAAGUUGAAAAAGUUGAAAAAGUUGAAAAAGUUGAAAAAGUUGAAAAAGUUGAAAAAGUUGAAAAAGUUGAAAAAGUUGAAAAAGUUGAAAAAGUUGAAAAAGUUGAAAAAGUUGAAAAAGUUGAAAAAGUUGAAAAAGUUGAAAAAGUAGAAAAAGUUGAAAAAGUUGAAAAAGUUGAAAAAGUUGAAAAAGUUGAAAAAGUUGAAAAAGUUGAAAAAGUUGAAAAAGUUGAAAAAGUUGAAAAAGUUGAAAAAGUUGAAAAAGUUGAAAAAGUUGAAAAAGUUGAAAAAGUUGAAAAAGUUGAAAAAGUUGAAAAAGUUGAAAAAGUUGAAAAAGUUGAAAAAGUUGAAAAAGUUGAAAACGUUGAAAAAGUUGAAAAAGUUGAAAAAGUUGAAAAAGUUGAAAAAGUUGAAAAAGUUGAAAAAGUUGAAAAAGUUGAAAAAGUUGAAAAAGUUGAAAAAGUUGAAAAAGUUGAAAAAGUUGAAAAAGUUGAAAAAGUUGAAAAAGUUGAAAAAGUUGAAAAAGUUGAAAAAGUUGAAAAAGUUGAAAAAGUUGAAAAAGUUGAAAAAGUUGAAAAAGUUGAAAAAGUUGAAAACGUUGAAAAAGUUGAAAAGGUUGAAAAUAUUGAAAAAGUUGAAAAAGUUGAAAAAGUUGAAAACGUUGAAAAAGUUGAAAACGUUGAAAAAGUUGAAAACGUUGAAAAAAUUGAAAAAGUUGAAAAAGUUGAAAAAGUUGAAAAAGUUGAAAAAGUUGAAAAAGUUGAAAAAGUUGAAAAAGUUGAAAAAGUUGAAAAAGUUGAAAAAGUUGAAAAAGUUGAAAAAGUUGAAAAAGUUGAAAAAGUUGAAAAAGUUGAAAAAGUUGAAAAAGUUGAAAAAGUUGAAAAAGUUGAAAAAGUUGAAAAAGUUGAAAAAGUUGAAAAAGUUGAAAAGUUGAAAAAGUUGAAAAAGUUGAAAAAGUUGAAAAAGUUGAAAAAGUUGAAAAAGUUGAAAAAGUUGAAAAAGUUGAAAAAGUUGAAAAAGUUGAAAAAGUUGAAAAAGUUGAAAAAGUUGAAAAAGUUGAAAAAGUUGAAAAAGUUGAAAAAGUUGAAAAGGUUGAAAAGGUUGAAAAAGUUGAAAAUUGAAAAAGUUGAAAAAGUUGAAAAAGUUGAAAAAGUUGAAAAAGUUGAAAAAGUUGAAAAAGUUGAAAAAGUUGAAAAAGUUGAAAAAGUAGAAAAAGUUGAAAAAGUUGAAAAAGUUGAAAAAGUUGAAAAAGUUGAAAAAGUUGAAAAAGUUGAAAAAGUUGAAAAAGUUGAAAAAGUUGAAAAAGUUGAAAAAGUUGAAAAAGUUGAAAAUGUUGAAAAAGUUGAAAAAGUUGAAAAAGUUGAAAAAGUUGAAAAAGCUGAAAAUGUUGAAAAAGUUGAAAAAGUUAAAAAGGUUAAAAAUGUUGAAAAAGUUGAAAAAGUUGAAAAAGUUAAAAAGGUUAAAAAUGUUGAAAAAGUUGAAAAAGUUGAAAAAGUUAAAAAGGUUAAAAAUGUUGAAAAAGUUGAAAAAGUUGAAAAAGUUAAAAAGGUUAAAAAUGUUGAAAAAGUUGAAAAAGUUGAAAAAGUUGAAAAAGUUGAAAAAGUUGAAAAAGUUGAAAAAGUUGAAAAAGUUGAAAAAGUUGAAAAAGUUGAAAAAGUUGAAAAAGUUGAAAAAGUUGAAAAAGUUGAAAAAGUUGAAAAAGUUGAAAAAGUCGAAAAAGUUGAAAAGGUUGAAAAAGUUGAAAAAGUUAAAAAGGUUAAAAAUGUUGAAAAAGUUGAAAAAGUUGAAAAAGUUAAAAAGGUUAAAAAUGUUGAAAAAGUUGAAAAAGUUGAAAAAGUUAAAAAGGUUAAAAAUGUUGAAAAAGUUGAAAAAGUUGAAAAAGUUAAAAAGGUUAAAAAUGUUGAAAAAGUUGAAAAAGUUGAAAAAGUUGAAAAAGUUGAAAAAGUUGAAAAAGUUGAAAAAGUUGAAAAAGUUGAAAAAGUUGAAAAAGUUGAAAAAGUUGAAAAAGUUGAAAAAGUUGAAAAAGUUGAAAAAGUUGAAAAAGUUGAAAAAGUUGAAAAAGUUGAAAAAGUCGAAAAAGUUGAAAAAGUUGAAAAAGUUGAAAACGUUGAAAAAGUGAAAAAGUUGAAAAUUGAAAAAGUUGAAAAAGUUGAAAAAGUUGAAAAAGUUGAAAAAGUUGAAAAAGUUGAAAAAGUUGAAAAAGUUGAAAAAGUUGAAAAAGUUGAAAAAGUUGAAAAAGUUGAAAAAGUUGAAAAAGUUGAAAAAGUUGAAAAAGUUGAAAAAGUUGAAAAAGUUGAAAAAGUUGAAAAAGUUGAAAAAGUUGAAAAAGUUGAAAAAGUUGAAAAAGUUGAAAAAGUUGAAAACGUUGAAAAAAUUGAAAAAGUUGAAAAAGUUGAAAAAGUUGAAAAAGUUGAAAAAGUUGAAAAAGUUGAAAAAGUUGAAAAAGUUGAAAAAGUUGAAAAAGUUGAAAAAGUUGAAAAAGUUGAAAAAGUUGAAAAAGUUGAAAAAGUUGAAAAAGUUGAAAAAGUUGAAAAAGUUGAAAAAGUUGAAAAAGUUGAAAAAGUUGAAAAAGUUGAAAAAGUUGAAAAAGUUGAAAAAGUUGAAAAAGUUGAAAAAGUUGAAAAAGUUGAAAAAGUUGAAAAAGUUGAAAAAGUUGAAAAAGUUGAAAAAGUUGAAAAAGUUGAAAAAGUUGAAAAAGUUGAAAAAGUUGAAAAAGUUGAAAAAGUUGAAAAAGUUGAAAAAGUUGAAAAAGUUGAAAAAGUUGAAAAAGUUGAAAAAGUUGAAAAAGUUGAAAAAGUUGAAAAAGUUGAAAAAGUUGAAAAAGUUGAAAAAGUUGAAAAAGUUGAAAAAGUUGAAAAAGUUGAAAAAGUUGAAAAAGUUGAAAAAGUUGAAAAAGUUGAAAAAGUUGAAAAAGUUGAAAAAGUUGAAAAAGUUGAAAAAGUUGAAAAAGUUGAAAAAGUUGAAAAAGUUGAAAAAGUUGAAAAAGUUGAAAACGUUGAAAAAAUUGAAAAAGUUGAAAAAGUUGAAAAAGUUGAAAAAGUUGAAAAAGUUGAAAAAGUUUAA